GGAAGUGGCGGCGGCGGCCGGGGGUGGCGAGUGCUGGGUCAGCGCGGGCGGUAGGCAACGGCUGAGGCGGUGGCGGCGGCGGCGGCGGCGUGGGCUGGGCUCGAGCGGGCAGCGACACCUCAGACUCCUGGGAGCAGGAGCCUACGCGGGCGGGCGCUGGAAACAAAGGGAAGCGAGAGUCAGGGCGCCGCGGGUGGGCGGUCAGUCGGUCAGCGCGGAGCCGGCCAGCGGGUGCCCGCGGGAGCCCGGAGCCCGGCCGGCCGGCUCGGCCUCAGGGCGGGAAGAUGCCGCGCGUCGUGCCCGACCAGAGAAGCAAGUUCGAGAACGAGGAGUUCUUCAGGAAGCUAAGCCGCGAGUGUGAGAUUAAGUACACGGGCUUCAGGGACCGGCCCCACGAGGAGCGCCAGGCGCGCUUCCAGAACGCCUGCCGGGACGGCCGCUCGGAAAUAGCUUUUGUGGCCACAGGAACCAAUCUGUCUCUCCAGUUUUUUCCGGCCAGCUGGCAGGGAGAACAGCGACAAACACCUAGCCGGGAGUAUGUGGACUUAGAAAGAGAAGCAGGCAAGGUAUAUUUGAAGGCUCCCAUGAUUCUGAAUGGAGUCUGUGUUAUCUGGAAAGGCUGGAUUGAUCUCCAGAGACUGGAUGGUAUGGGCUGCCUGGAAUUUGAUGAAGAGCGAGCCCAGAUGGCAGAAAAAAGAAUUAGUGAACUUGAACAUAGAUUAAUAGAGGUUAUCCAGUCUGAAGAACAGAAAGAAGAGAGAACAAAAAUGAACAGUCUCAGACCGUGGGACACCAGCACACAUACCAAGAUAUAUGUAAUGAAAAUCCCUGAUAGGAGAGAAAGAAAGGGGCAGAAAAUAUAUUUUAAGAAAUCAUGGCUGAAAACUUCCAAAGUUGAUGAAAAAUAGUCAUCUCCAUAUCCAAGAAAUUCAGUGAACUCCAAGGAGGAUGAACACAAAGAAAUCUAACCUAGAUACAUCAAAGUCUAACUGUUACAAAGAAACUGAAUCUUGAAAGCAGCAAGAAGACUUCCUUACAUACAAGGAAGCAACAAUAAGAUUAACAGCUGACUUCUCUUUUGAAAUUGAGGAGGCCAGAAGGUAGUGUGAUAACAUUCAAAAUGCUAAAAGAACAUGUCAAAGUAUCUAAUUAUUAGUGAGUGUUAAUUUUCUUCAAUUAUUUAAUAUUAAUCCUCUAAAUCAAGUUCAAAUAAAGGCAAGAAUAAAAAGGAGCUCUCUUUUUGUUAUUUCUGUUAUCUCUUCCCAUGUUCUCUAUAUAGAAAUGUAGGAGUUUUCUUCAGAGAUCAAAAAAUAACAAAGUCUUGUAUAGCACAGGGAACUGUAUUCAGUAUCUUGUAAUAACUUACAAUGGAAGAGAAUCUGAAAAAGUACAGAUAUAUAUAAAACAACUACUUUGCUGUACAUCUGAAACAAACACAACACUGAAAUCAACUAUACUUCAAUUAAAAAAAACUACCAGGGAUAGGGGUUGAGGGAGUGAAGAGAUCAGACACAGACAACACAGAACAUGUGAGGACACAGCGAGAAGACAGCCAUCUGCAAACCUAGGAGAGACGCCUCAGAAGAAACCAAACCUGCAGUCACCUUGAUCUUGGACUUCUAACCGAAAGAAAAAUCUAAAAAGAAAAAAAAAAGAGAGAGAGAUCAAAAAAUAAAACCUUCCUAGUAAAAAUUUAAGGUUCAAAGUUAAAAUUCUUAAGAAAGAACCUCUGCUACCUUGAUUUCCACAGGGUUAAGGAGUACCUAAAUCUUUCAGAAAAAUUGUAGAUAAUUGGCAAUUUAGAAGGCUGUUUCUGUAAUAAGUGAUACAGCAGAUUGAAUUUAUAUAAGGGGGAAUUUCAGAUUGAGUUGACUUCUAAAACUGAAAUAUUUUACUAAAAUGAUAGAUAAAAAUUUUAAGUUUAACCCACAGAAUUUUCUAUACUUAGAAUUUUCCAAGCCCUGUUGCCCCAGUAAGUACCAUCUGUUGUGACAGUAAACUAAUAAAAUAAUAGGCCUUAUAUAAUGUAAUGUAAAAACUUCAAAGCAGGGGAUGCCAACCAGUCAACAGUCAGCACUUCUCUGGAGCUUUCCCUAUCCCAAAAUUAUCUGGAAGUAAAAGUAAACAGGCCAUGAAGUAUAGAACCUAGGAGUAGGAGCUCCAUAGCCGUGAAUUGUGAUUCCCAGCCCCACCAUUUACCAGCUAUUGUGGACUGAAUGUUUGUGACCCCUCAAAAUUCAUAUUUUGAAGCCCCAACUCCCAGUAUGACUGUAUUUGGAGAUAGGGCCUGUAUAGAAGUAAUUAAGGCUAAAUGAGGUCACAAGAGGGGGGCCCUGAUACCAUAGAAUUAGUGUCCUGAUAAGAAGAGAUACAUAGGGAAGCUUGUUCAUUCUCUGCCAUAAGGACAAAAUUCUCUAACAGAUGCUGAUGUACCUGGUGAGCUUAGAGAUAAACGGAGGCUAGUCACAAUUCCAUUUUUUAGAAUUAAAUUGUAUAAAUAUUUCAACUGAAAUAUUUUCACAGGUAUUGCCUUUUUGCCUUUGUUCAGAGUAACUUUAACAAAUGUUGGCAAGGAUGUAGAACAACAGUUGGUGUGUUGGUUGGUUACAUAAAAUUGACGCAGCAUUUGGAAAACUGGCAGUAAAUACAACUGCACUUAGGUAUACUGAUGAUCCAGCAGCAGUGCUACUCUAAGGCAUAAUAUGCAAUGGGAAUGAAUACAUAUAUUCAACAAAUGGGACAUUUGUAGCAGCAUUAUUAGUAAUAGCCAGAAACUAUAAAUUGCCCAAAUACCAGUUAACAGUAGAAUGGACAAAUUGCAUGUUCACACAAAGAAAUACAAUGAAAAUGAAAAACUACAACUAGCACACCAAUACAGGUGAAUUUCACAAACAUAUUGAGUGUACAAAAAAAGCACAUGCUGUAUGACUCCAUUUAUAUAAAAUACAAAAAUAGGUAAAACUAAUAAUACAUGUUGUUAGAAGGAAGGAUGGUGGUUUACCCUUGGAAGAACAGGCUAGGUACUAGAGUAGAGGAAAAAGAGAUGCUGGUACUAUUCUAUUUCUUCAUAUGGCUUCUAGUUCCAUGGAAAGUUCAGUUUGUGAAAAUUCAUCAAGCUUUAUUUUAGGACAGUGCUGUCCAGUAGAAUUCAAAUGUGAGCCACAUAAUGUAAUUUAAUUUUUUCUAAUGCCAUUUUAGAAGCUAGGUUGAUUUCAGAGAGGUUUUUCAAAGGCUCAGAUUUUUUAAUUCCCAAGUGCCUGUGUAUUGCUAUGUGAAUUUUUUUUGUAUUCAGCAUCGAUUUUGUCACAGACAUUUUAUAGUUAACUAUGUAUGCAUAAAUGUAUUUGUAAUUUAUGCAACUCUAAUGUCUAAAUGAUUGGCAAAAUAUCUCACUUCUUUGUAUGAGAAUUGUUGGGAUAACAAUUAUGAAUUAGAUAUGUACUGCAACUAGUUCCUAGUAAAUUUUUAUUUCAUAGUUUUAAAAAAUUCACUGAGAACAUUUUUUUAAUACAAUGUGCACCACCAGCAUUUGUAUUUGUAUUAUCGAUUUAAGAGCCAAUAAUUUUAUCUUCACUGUUGUACUCUUUAAAUUAAUUUACUGUAGCAGUCACAAAAAUAGUUUCACCUUCAAUGUUAUGACCUUCCAAAAGUUCUAUUUUGAUUCUAUGAUAAGAUUAGAAAAAUUGAGCCAUUGUUGGGAUGUACAGAUUUUCUGUUUGAGUACCUGACACUGAUGUAAAUCUGAUGUCCUUUAGCUUUUUGCAAGUUUUUUCUGUCAGUAAAGCCAACAUAUGAACAGCUUUGCUUUUUGUAUGUGCACGAGAAUGUGAGUGAAAAUUUAUAAGAGUCAUUUGAUUUAAAUUAAAAGUUGUGUUCUACAGUGAUGUUAAAUGUACCAUUUGCAGCUGCACAUGUUAAAUUGUUGCCUUUGGAGUAUAUGUUGUUGCUUCUUCAGCAGAUUUCUUUCUUUUGGUUUUCAUGUGAUCAGUGGUACUCUGAUCCCCACAGAGAAUGGGAAAUGUUAUUUUGUACAAAUCAUACAUUCAUUAUCAAUUUUCCAGGAAACCAAUUUGAUUCUUAGUUUUUCAUUAAACAUGUGCUUGUAUUUUUUAAAUUCAUUGCACAGAAAGGUAAGUAAUACCAAACUGAAAUGAAUAUAGUUAUAGAUUUAGGCAAUACAAUAAAGACAAAAUCAGUGCCACAGGAAUGGUCAGAAUAUUCUAUAUGUGCUCUAUGAGAACACUGCUAGGCCUUUAUUUCCCACAUGGGUUUUACAAACACCCAACCACCUUUUAUGAUGACUCCUUCUGACUACUUUGUGCAGACUGUGGUAUAGACCACAGAGUAACAGACUAGUGUGACAAGUAGUUGGUAGGGACCGGAGUGCUAAAAGCUACCACCUGGGACUGGGUAGAGUUAGUUGUCCCUAGCCAUUUCAGCAUACUUUAUCGGUGAGUGUGUAGUUGUAUCAGCAAGUAUCCUUUAUGCUGUCCUUGGGGAGGUGUUACUUAAGCUCACAAUGGGAAAGGAUCAGGAUGACACUGGUAAUUGCUUUCAGAUUUAACCAUUUAUUAAAGUGCAGUCUUGGGGGAAGGUAUAGCUCAAGUGGUAGAGCACAUGCUUAGCACGCACGAGGUCUUGGGUUCAAUCCCCAGUACCUCCUCUAAAAAUAAAUAAACCUAAUUACUCCUACACCUCAAAAAAAAAAAAAAAGUGCAGACUCUGGUCAUUGCACAUGCUUUUCACAUCUCACUAGAAAAGACCAAGACGAAAGGUGAAAUUAGAGACUGGUAGGCUACCAAAUCUCUCUUGGCUUAUUGUACUACAAUUAUUAGUAGUGAUACUUUUUUUUUCUUUUAAUGAGGUAAAAUGUAUGAUCAUUGCUAGAAUACACAUUAGUGGCUAAUAACUUACUUAGGGAAUUAGAUCACAUCUCAUGUUAUAUGCUCUCAUUUCAUCUUGUAAUUCUUCUCUACUGUUCUUAAUCAUGGUUGCUAAUUAUAUACUGAUGUUUGUAAUUAUUUGUUUGUUGUACACCUCCCCUACUAGACCAGAACCUGUGAGGAAAAUUCCUACACAUUGUAUGCAUUGCAUCUAGCACAGUGUCUUGGAUGUAGUAAAGACUAAAUGUUUGUGGAGUAAGUGAAAGAGUGAAUGGAUGCACAGGACAGAGGGAUAUCCUGUUAUCAGUAGACAUGUCCCAGUUGAUACCUAACUAAAUAAGAAAAAUCCUUUGGGAGUUGGGAAUAGAGUUCUUCUGCAGGUAACUCUGGCUUAUAUAGUACAUUCUGAAAAUAGAGUUGGUAUGUAUAAUAAUGUUUAGUCGAAUGUGUGAAUUGUAUAUAUCCAUAAAUGCUUAUAAAAUAAUAGCACUUAUUGAAUGUUGUCAGAUAGGAUGCUUAAGCAUUUUUUAUAAGUUAAUUCAUUUAAUCUCAUGAAGUAUUACUACUAUGUGCAUUUUACAUGUGAGUUUACUGAGGCUUAGAAAAGGAAAUGCCUUGCCCUUGGUCAUAAAACUAGUAAAUGCAUCAUAAGAGUAGAAACUUGAUCAUAUGUUUCAAUUUUGUGUCAGUGAAAAUUACGAGUAUUCACCUUGCUAACAGUGGCAAAUGAAAGAUUUGUCAUGCAGAACAAGAUAUCAACAGUACACAGUCCAGGCCUGGUAUAGCACUUAAUUAUAUUAUUAGGGGCCAUGGAUCUUUUCAUUUUCCUGGUAUACUGUGCUCGGUUAUGGCUACAUCCUCACUGUUAUGUUUGCAAGAUGCUGUAUCUCUGGUCAUUACAUCAGUUCCCAGGAAGGAGGAAAGGUGAAAUGUCUCUUAAUGACUUUCUUAGAAGCCUCAUUAGGUGACUUCAUGCUUCUGUCUCAUUGGCAAGAACUGAGUUACCUGGCCACCUUUUGCUGCAGUGAAUCUAGAAUGGUGAAUAUUGAUGACUUUUUUGGUAUUGUUUUUGAUCUUUUAGUUUCUUCAGGUGUGCCAUUGAAAAUCCUAAUGUUGAGAAGUAUGUGACUGCAAAGCUUGAGCCAGGGGGCUUUUUAAGUUGGGGAGUAUUAUGGUAAGAUUACUUUAGAAGGUAUGCUCUCAUGGCUCUGUUGUGGAUUGGGGGAUGGCAGAAGGAAGAGACUUCACAGUAAUUUGGGUAAGAGAUCUUAAGAGCCUGCACUUGAGAAUGUUUGUAGAAAUGGAAAGGAGAUUAAAGAUUCAAAAAAUAUUUAGGAGAUAAGAUGGAUAAGAUUUGGUGAUAGGCUCUAUGGAGACAAGGGGGAAGUGAAGUGUCAAAGGAGGCUCAGGUUCUUGGCAGAAAUGAGUGGGUGGUGCCACCAACCAGACUGAGGAAGAGUAAAGAGAAAGUUUAAAUUGAUUGCCUUUUAGACACAGUAACUUUGAGGUAUCUCGGUUUCCUUCAUGUGCAGAUCUUUAUCCAUUAGUUUGGAAAGGAUUAGGGUAGAUUUGUUAUAUGUUGCAAAUAAUUUUUCUUGAUAAUAUCCCUUAGAAUUUUAUUUACUUUUUAGUAAUAGUCUAGAAGUUUCUAGCAUUUAUAUAAUCAAUUCUGUUAAUAUCCUCUUUUUUAUAUGUCUGACUUUCGUGCCAUAAUUAGAGGGCCUGUCUUAUCCCCAUAUGGUAGAAAUAUAUACCAAUUUUUUUUUGUACUUCUGUGAUUUAAAUAUUGACUUGAUCAGGAUUUUAUUUUGGUGAGUAGGAUGAGGUAAAGACAGAAUAUGAAAGAGCACUUUCAGUUGCUAGAAUAUGAUUGAACCUGAUUACUAUUUUCAAGGUGUUAUAAUAGGACAUGAAAAUGCUGAAGUUUUCUUUUAAAAAUUGCUCUUAUAUUAAUUUUUUUGGCUCUUAUAUUUUGAGAAAUACUCUGCUCUUCAUUUCCUUCGAAAAAUAAGACACCCCCCCAAAUUUUAAUUUUUUAAUAUAAAUCAGAAUUAAACUAUCUGUUUCAUGUAUUCUUAAUGACAGCAGGAGGACGCAUUAGCACAACAGGCCUUUGAAGAGGCUCGGAGAAGGACACGCGAAUUUGAAGAUAGAGACAGGUCUCAUCGGGAGGAAAUGGAGGUGA